GGCCAAGAUGUGGGCCGCAGCUGCAUCCUUGUGUCCAUUGCAGGGAAGAACGUCAUGCUAGAUUGCGGGAUGCACAUGGGAUUCAACGAUGACAGGCGGUUUCCUGAUUUUUCUUACAUCACUCAGAACGGAAGGCUGACUGACUUCCUGGACUGUGUCAUCAUUAGCCACUUCCAUCUGGAUCACUGUGGGGGCCUCCCCUACUUCAGCGAGAUGGUCGGCUACGAUGGGCCGAUUUACAUGACCCACCCGACAAAAGCCAUUUGCCCCAUUCUGCUGGAAGAUUUCCGGAAAAUCACCGUGGACAAGAAAGGGGAGACAAACUUCUUCACCUCCCAGAUGAUCAAAGACUGCAUGAAGAAAGUGGUAGCUGUCCACCUUCACCAGACUGUACAGGUGGACAGCGAGUUGGAGAUUAAGGCCUAUUAUGCUGGCCACGUCCUUGGGGCAGCGAUGUUCCAGAUUAAAGUCGGUUGUGAAUCAGUGGUUUAUACUGGUGACUAUAACAUGACACCAGACAGACAUUUGGGGGCUGCCUGGAUUGACAAAUGCCGCCCCGACCUGCUGAUUUCUGAAUCCACAUACGCCACCACCAUCAGGGACUCCAAGCGCUGCAGAGAAAGGGAUUUUUUGAAGAAGGUCCACGAGACCAUUGAGCGUGGGGGGAAGGUCCUGAUCCCAGUUUUUGCUCUGGGCCGGGCUCAAGAACUCUGCAUUUUGCUGGAGACCUUCUGGGAGCGCAUGAAUUUGAAGGCGCCCAUCUACUUCUCAACGGGCCUGACGGAGAAGGCGAACCACUACUACAAGCUCUUCAUCACGUGGACCAAUCAGAAGAUCCGGAAAACCUUUGUCCAGAGGAACAUGUUUGAGUUCAAGCACAUCAAGGCCUUUGAGAGGACCUACGUUGACAACCCCGGGCCCAUGGUUGUGUUUGCUACGCCAGGGAUGCUGCACGCAGGCCAGUCGCUCCAUAUCUUCAAGAAAUGGGCCGGCAACGAGAAAAACAUGGUCAUCAUGCCAGGGUAUUGUGUCCAAGGAACGGUGGGCCACAAAAUUUUGGGCGGGCAACGGAAGCUAGAAAUGGAAGGAAGACAAAUUCUGGAAGUGAAGAUGCAGGUGGAGUACAUGUCCUUCAGUGCACACGCCGACGCCAAGGGCAUCAUGCAGCUGAUUCGGCAAGCCGAGCCCCGCAACGUCCUGCUGGUCCACGGCGAGGCCAAGAAGAUGGAGUUUCUGAAGCAGAAAAUCGAGCAAGAAUUCCGGGUUCAGUGUUACAUGCCUGCCAAUGGGGAAACGGUGUCUAUUUUCACCAAUCCUAACAUCCCGGUGGAUAUUUCUCUCGGGCUGCUGAAGAGAGAGCUGGCGAUUGGACCCUCACCGGCCUCCAAGAAGCCGAAGCUGUUGCAUGGCACCCUGAUAAUCAAGGAUAAUAGUUUCCGCUUGGUUUCUCCCGAGCAAGCCCUGAAGGAGUUGGGCCUGGGGGAGCACCAGCUGCGCUUCACCUGCCGGAUCCACUUUCAGGACCCCCGCAAGGAACACGAGACCGGCCUGCGUGUUUACAACCACCUGAAAAGCGCCUUGAAGGAUUAUUCCGUCCAGCAUCUCUCAGACACCUCCAUCAUGGUGGAGUCCAUCUUGAUCCAGGUCACGGUGCAGUCUGAGGACCCCGCCACCAAACUUCUGCUGGUGUCCUGGACGUACCAGGAUGAAGAAAUGGGGAGCUACGUCACGUCUGUGCUGAAGAAAGCCCUGCCUCAAAUUACAGGAUGAGCCUCUGGGGGCCUCCAGCUGCUGCCACAGACCUUUAAGCCACCGAGAAGGGCAGGUUUGCACACGAGGAGGCGAGAGGGCCGUGCCCCAACAGAACCACCACCAUCGGAAAGGAAACCACUGUCUCGGGCAGAGUUGCAACAGCUGGCAAGAGGAGAAGAGGACGUGGUGGAAGACUUGGAUUUUUCUGAUGGAGACUGAUGGAUGGACAGAUUUUGGGGGGGUGUAACUGGACAGCUGUUGCCACUUGUGGAGGGCUGAGGAAGGGGCUGCAUUGUUCCAGCUGGCCCUGAAUCCCUGUUAAUGCACUGGAGGGACAUGCCAGAAAAUUUUAUCCUCCAGCAGGGGAGCUUAAAAAGACCACGAUGGCUGAAAAAAAAACCCUGCCUCUUUAGAAUAAUAAUAAUGGAGGUUCUUAAAACCAUUUCAAAACAAAACCUUCUUUAAAAAAUAAAAACAGGCCAGCCAUCAAUGCUGCCCCUUCCUCUUCUGGGGGCCAAUCCCACCCACCCAGCGCUGGAGACGCAGAGAUGGAAGACCAACGUGCCACCACAUUGCUUGGCUCUUUUCCUGCAAGUGACAGUAUUUACAAAUUUUUGGGAAUCAAACAACAGCAGGAAGAGUUGGACUGGCAGCACAUUGCAUGCUUUGAAUCCCCCACUGCCCCCAAUUCCCCUAUUUUUAUCUCUGUAUGGGAAGGGAUCGUGUGUGUCGGUUCUCGGCUUGUAAAAACAGCCUCUUGUGCAUUUCUUUCGGAGGCCUGGAUCGCUCUGCACUGAAACCGCAGCGGGCAAAACGGCCAGAUCCCGAUGGAGAAACGUUCUUCCCUGCGGCUUUUACUGCAUUGUGACCCACGCACGCCUUUCUUCGCCGCCUGUGUGGUGCCCACCAGGAACUGAGACCCCCCAACACACACACACUUGUUGCUUGAG